UUGUGAUCGUCGUCUGCGGUUGUCGGUUUUGACAGUUCGGGCUUCAAGUUCAUUUCUUCUGUUGAAUGUUGGCUAAUUUUACCUUUUAAAUUAUAUUUUAUUCUAAAACAUUUUAGGUAUACUUAUAUUUAACAUCCAUGUUACUGAUUUCUAAAAAGUGUUUAUAUUUCUCCACCCUCAAGAACGCUCGGUAGAAGCGGACAUGACAUUCGAAGAUCCAUUUUUUGUUGUCAAAGAGGAAGUAUCAAAAGCUUUGAAUAAAACACGAGGUCUCUACCGUCGUUGGUUGGAACUGCAGGAGGACAUAGUCAGCAACAUCACCAAGGAGGAACUAGAGUGGACCACAACAGAACUGAGGAAUGCUCUACGAAGUAUCGAGUGGGAUCUAGAGGACUUGGAGGACACCAUUGGAAUAGUUGAGAAGAAUCCGACCAAGUUCAAGAUUGACAACAAGGAACUUACCAGCCGUAAGAACUUCAUUGAACAAACUCGAGAGGAAGUUCGGUGCAUGAAGGAAAAGAUGAAUUUCACACGAGGACGAGACCGUGAUAGGACUGCUCGCCAGCCGCUGUUAGAGAACAGCCCUGUGAGGGUGGCGACAUCACACGGCACCACCAAGUACUCCAAGCUGGAGAAUGAGGCUGACAGUCCACAGCGGCACUUUCUCGACUCUACGCUGGCUCAGCAGAAUCAGCUGAUCAACGGACAAGAUGACACCAUGGAGCGCAUCAGUCACACCAUCGGCUCACUCAAGACUGUCAGUCGCCAGAUAGGCUCGGAACUGGACGAGCAGGCUGUAAUGCUGGACGACUUUGGCACAGAAAUGGAAAACACAGAGUCAAAAUUAGACUCAACAAUGAAGAAGGUGGCUAAGGUUUUGCACAUGUCUAAUGACAGGCGACAGUGGAUUGCCAUCGCUGUGCUGUCCUGUAUACUGCUGGUCGUAGUCAUGCUACUCAUCAUUCUCUGAGUAGCCACUACUCUUCCGCCUCAAGACUACUUACUGACUGUCAUGUGAUCUCAACUUAACCUAGUUUCGGUUUUGGUGCAUGAAAUUUGUUUUUAGACCAAUCUUAAUUCCACUCCUAAAUUUAGUUUUCAGCUUUCUAGUCGUUUUUUUCUUGUAGAUUUGUAAAAAGUCAUUAUCACUCAGGUGAUCUGUAAAUAUAUUGUUACUUGUGUAAGAUUUGCGAUGACUUGCCUGGUGACGGCAGAAGACAUUGUUGGUGAUUUAAUGUAAGAAGAGGUAUAUAAAUUAUAAACAUAAACAUAUAUUAGUGUUUUUGUAAUGUUUCCAGUGUUGUUGAAUUUUAAAUUUUUUAAGCGCUACUGUAAACCUAAAAAAAACUAAAAUUUUAUGUCUUUGGUUGUGUUAAGAAUUUUUAAACCGUUCACUUUUAAGUAGUGAUGGGUCGAUUCCAAAAUUAUUCGAUUCCGAUUCUGAAAUUUGGGAUACGAUUCUCGAUUCCGGGUUCGAUUCCGAAUACCAUGGUUCAGGAUGACAAAAAGGUUUUUAGAAAUUAAUUAUUAAAUAAAACCCAAACAUUAUUAGAACGAAACACACAAUUUUAAUGAGGAUAAACACAAUAAUAAAUAAUAAUAAUAAUACAAUAACAGUGAAAGAAAACGAAUGAACGUAAACCGUAAAAUUAAACCUACAGCACAUUUUUUCAAACAUUUUUAACAAUGACUUUUACUUUUAAAUAUAGGCCUAGAGCUUAUAGGCCUACAAGUUUACAAUUACCACUCAACGUGAACAAAACUGAUUUUAAAAAUAAUUUUAAAGGUUUUUAGAAAUUAAUUAUUAAAACCCAAACAUUAUUAGAACGAAACACACAAUUUUAAUGAGGAUAAACACAAUAAUAAUAAUAAUACAAUAACAGUGAAAGAAAACGAAUGAACGUAAACCGUAAAAUUAAACCUACAGCACAUUUUUCAAACAUUUUUAACAAUGACUUUUACUUUUAAAUAUAGGCCUAGAGCUUAUAGGCCUACAAGUUUACAAUUACCACUCAACGUGAACAAAACUGAUUUUAAAAAUAAUUUUAAAGGUUUUUAGAAAUUAAUUAUUAAAACCCAAACAUUAUUAGAACGAAACACACAAUUUUAAUGAGGACUAGCUGUGUACCCGUUCUACGCACGGGGAUCUUAUAAUAUUCAGUUGAAACCUUCUUAUAUAACGAACAGCAGUUGGUUUGCAUAUUUUAAGAUAUGCUGGCCAAACUAUUAUACAUAGCUUCAUUUUAUGUUGUUUUUUGUUGUUCCGGAUCGGUAUGACAAUCAAUAAAAGGUUAAAUUACCUCUGUGUCUGCCGGUCGAUCCUAUAACGGUAGGCUUACUUUUAUUUUUACUAUCUGAUCUCGUUUGCAUGGCUCAAUCACGUCCUGGUUGAAGUUCGUUCGCUACGCUCACUCACCUGUAUGUUGGAGCUCGUUCGCUGCGCUCACUUUCCUUCAG